AUGAUGGAAUCCCAUUUCCACUUGCUUCUUCCUCGCGGGGGGCAAAAAGAAGUCUACCUAUCUGCUCGUGGAACCCAGGGCUUGGUGAUUAGUAUCAUCUUCACCAUCCUCGCAGUCUUCUUUGUUCUUGCUCGGGUAUAUACUCGGGCCAAGCUAAUUAAACGGGUGGAAGCCAAUGACUGGAUGAUUGUUAUUGCUUUGGUGUUUUCCUUCAUUUUCAUGUCAUUUUUCAUAGUUGAAGCGCUCAAUGGAAUGGGCAUGCACCGAGUCGACAUUCCCGAAUCAAUUCUGCUGAAGCAAAUGAAGGCUUUCUGGAUUACAAUUCCCUUCUACAACGCCGCGUUACUGUGUGCAAAAGCAUCCAUCCUCAUGCAGUACUUCCGCGUCUUCCCAUCCAAACGCAUGCGCCAUAUCUGCUGGAUCAUGAUUGCUUUGCUUGCGACGUACGGCACAUGGGCUGUCCUGAGUGCGUUCCUGAACUGCGUACCCGUGACACGGUUCUGGGACCCUACAGUUGCAGGAACCUGUCUCAGCUCGAAGGGCCUGUGGUUCUCGAACGCAUCCAUGCAUAUUGCGACUGAUCUUGCUAUCCUGGUUAUCCCAAUCCCAGCAUUGGCUGCGCUUGAACUGCCGAAGAAACAGAAAGUAGCCCUCAUUUCGAUUUUUGCGCUAGGUGGAUUCGUUUGCGUAACCAGCGUCUGCCGCCUAGUCGCCCUAAAGAAGAUUUCAGACUCAUCAGACCCAACCUAUGACAACGUCGGCGCCGCCUCCUGGUCCGCAAUAGAAUGCAACGUUGGCAUAAUCUGCGCCUGCCUGCCAACCCUGCGCCCGCUCGUCUCACGAAUAAUCCCGCAACUCCUCUCCUCCCUAACAGCAAGCCGCCACCCCAGAACCAAGAGCUGCUCCCGCGGCCACAUCCACGAGAUCCACCCGCAGACAUUCUGGGGCGUUGCGGGGAUGGGUGGCAUGGGCGUGUCCACGACUAUCACGACGCAUGUCGACGACCUGGAGUAUGGGUCUUGUGAGGGUGAUGCGGAUAGGCUUUUUGCGAUGAAGUACGGGGUUGGGUAUGGAAGGACGCAGGCGCGUGUUUAUGUGGGAAGUGACCAUGAUGCGGAUGGGAUUGAGGAUGUCGGUAUCGUGAAGGGAACUAAUGCUGGGGAUGUUGCACGCGGUGCUCGGGAGGUAAGAGGGGGGGAGGAAGAAGGGAAGGAUGGGCGCGAGGGUGUAAUUGUUAGGUCCCAUGUGAGGGUUGGUUCCUCGUCGUCUUCGUCUGUACCUUUGGCAGGCAGGAAGAGUGAUGGCGAGGGGAGGUAA